AUGGCCAGCACGUUAAGCCCCAGCACCAUGACUGGGACCCUGGGUCCUCCUGAGAUGUCAGAGCGCAUCCAAAAUGCUGCUGACAUCUCUGUCAUUGUCAUCUAUUUCAUGGUGGUGAUGGCUGUCGGGCUGUGGGCAAUGCUGAAGACCAACCGGGGCACUGUUGGAGGCUUCUUCUUGGCUGGUCGAGAUAUGACCUGGUGGCCGAUGGGCGCCUCUCUCUUCGCCAGUAAUAUCGGCAGUGGCCACUUUGUGGGGCUGGCUGGGACAGGAGCAGCUUCAGGAAUUGCCACUGCAACAUUUGAAUGGAAUGCUUUGCUGCUGUUGCUGGUUCUCGGAUGGUUCUUUGUCCCCAUAUACAUCAAGGCAGGGGUGAUGACUAUGCCAGAAUAUCUGAGGAAGAGGUUUGGUGGGAAGCGACUCCAGAUCUACCUCUCUGUCCUCUCCCUCUUCAUCUGUGUGGCUCUGAGAAUCUCAUCAGACAUAUUUUCUGGAGCCAUAUUCAUCAAGCUGGCCUUGGGAUUGGACCUUUACCUGGCAAUCUUCAUCCUCUUGGCUAUAACUGCUAUUUACACGAUCACUGGGGGCUUGGCCUCAGUUAUUUACACAGACACCCUCCAGACCAUCAUCAUGCUGAUCGGUUCCUUUAUUCUCAUGGGGUACGCAUUUGCUAAAGUGGGAGGUUAUGAGAGUUUUACAGAGAAGUACAUGAAUGCCAUCCCAUCCAUAGUUGAGGGGGACAACCUGACAAUCAAUCCCAAGUGCUACACUCCUCAGGCUGACUCCUUUCACAUCUUCCGAGAUGCUGUCACUGGAGAUAUUCCAUGGCCAGGAAUGAUAUUUGGAAUGACCAUUGUUGCUGUGUGGUACUGGUGCACAGAUCAGGUUAUUGUGCAGCGCUGCCUAUCAGGCAAGAACAUGUCUCAUGUGAAAGCUGCCUGCAUCAUGUGUGGGUACCUGAAGCUGCUGCCCAUGUUCCUCAUGGUAAUGCCAGGAAUGAUCAGCCGCAUCCUAUACACAGAGAAGGUGGCCUGUGUUGUACCUUCUGAAUGUGUGAAACAUUGUGGCAUUGAAGUCGGUUGUACUAACUAUGCCUACCCAGUGAUGGUGCUGGAACUGAUGCCUGAUGGACUGCGAGGUCUGAUGCUGUCAGUCAUGUUGGCCUCUCUCAUGAGCUCCAUGACCUCCAUCUUCAACAGUGCUAGCACCCUCUUUACCAUGGACCUGUACACCAAGAUUAGGAAACAGGCAUCAGAGAAAGAGCUUCUUAUAACAGGACGGCUAUUUAUCAUUCUAUUAAUUGCCAUCAGCAUUUUGUGGGUCCCAUUAGUGCAGGUAUCUCAAAAUGGACAACUAUUCCAUUAUAUAGAAUCAAUUUCUAGCUACCUUGGGCCUCCAAUUGCAGCUGUCUUCCUGCUUGCCAUCUUCUGUAAAAGAGUCAAUGAACAGGGAGCCUUCUGGGGUCUAGUCAUUGGACUUGUGAUUGGCCUUAUUCGCAUGAUUGCAGAGUUUGCCUAUGGAACAGGAAGUUGCUUGGCUGCCAGUGACUGUCCCAAGGUCAUCUGUGGAGUGCACUAUCUGUACUUUGCCAUCAUCCUCUUUUUUGUUUCCAUACUAGUUGUCCUAGGAAUUUCCCUGUUAACAAAACCCAUUCCUGAUGUACAUCUGUAUCGUCUGUGCUGGGCUCUUCGGAAUAGUACAGAGGAACGAAUUGAUUUAGAUGCAGAAGAGAAAAGACAUGAGGAAGUUGAUAAUGAUGUUGAUGAAGAUAAUCCUGAGGAACCUCACGGAUGUCUCAAGAAGGCUUAUGACUUAUUCUGCGGUUUGCAGAAGAAAAGCCCCAAGUUGAGCAGAGAGGAGGAAGAAGCCCAGAAAAAGAAGUUGACAGACACAUCUGAGAAGCCUUUAUGGAGGGCUAUAGUGAAUGUCAAUGCCAUUCUUCUCCUGGCAGUGGCUGUCUUUGUCCAUGGGUAUUUUGCCUGA